UCAAGUGAAUCCAUGUCCGAAUAAUGGCUACACUCCAGUUAUCUAAAGCCGUUACAAACUUACGGCUUAAACCAUAUAUAAAGCCUGCUCUAUUCGUCAGAACGUUGUAGUCCUACACAUCCCACUAUCCUCCGCAUCAUGAAACUCCAUUUCGUGACUCUGUUUUUCAGUGCUGUCGUGGCAUCCACCUUGGCCGAUGGACCGACAAAGAUCGCCUCCUCGUUGCGGAAGAAAGGCAGCGCUUAUUUUCAAUACGCCAGCGCACCGAGCCAAUCUGAAUACGAAUACGGUUACAAUCUUGGCAAUCCUUUUCACAGGCGUAAUCUGUUCCAUCAAACGAAAGAUCACCGUUUCCGCACUAAGCUAAUGUGGGAUGAUUCCGUUGGUGGUACUGGUGAGCAUUAUUGGGAAUUCAACCACGGUGAUGCUGGAUCUGAUGCUUCAGCUCCUGCUUAUCCAUCUGGCCCGUCUUAUUCAUCUCCAACUUCAUCUUAUUCCUCUCAAGCUCCAUCGUAUUCGGCUCCUUCAUCUCAUUCCGCUCCGUCUUACUCUUCUGCGGCUGCUCCGUCUUACUCUUCCGCCUCUGCUCCGUCUUACUCGUCCGCCACCGGUCCGUCGUUUCCAGCAGGUGACCCGUCUUUUCUCCCACCUCGUCCAUCCUUUACGGGAAAUUCUCCGUUCUUUUCGGCUGCUGCUCCUUCGUUUUCGGACGCUUCUCGGCGGUACUCGGAAGAUUUCGCAACCUACAACGACGAUCCCCUUCCUGGUGACAUGUAAUGACCACCAUCGAAUACCCAAUACAAUGAA